UACCAAGACCAGAGAGCUAGAAAUUAACGAGAUCCAAGAACUGGAGCCUUUUUAUUGUCUUAACGUUGCUAUAUUCACCAACCAACACUUGUGUUUCCUGACAUCUCAACGCCCGCUCAUCCUCAAACUUAAAUUCACUCGAUAAACGUUUCAUCUUUUCUUCCUCAUUUUCUUCUACUCAUGGCUAGACUGCAAUCUCCAUCAUCUCUCCUUCUGGUGUCUCUGAUAAUAGCAAUUACUUUCAUUGAUCCAACAUGUUCAACAUCCAGGAAAGCUCUAACGCAGCAGCAUCAAACAGUUCGAGUCUCCCUCCACCACGUCGAUUCAGGGAAGAACUUGACCAAGUUCGAGCUCGUCCAGAAAGGAAUCAAACGUGGCAACCAGAGAUUGCAGAAGUUGAAAGCAAUGGUUUUGGCAGCUUCAUCACCUGAUUCACAACUAGAAGCUCCAAUUCAUGCAGGAAAUGGUGAGUAUUUAAUGCAGUUAUCAAUAGGUACACCCCCAGAAGCCUUCCCUGCAGUUUUGGACACUGGCAGCGAUCUCAUAUGGACACAAUGCAAACCUUGCACACAAUGUUACAAGCAGCCCACACCCAUCUUCGAUCCGGCUAAGUCAUCUUCUUACUCUAAGCUACCUUGUGACAGCAAACUCUGCAGUUCACUACCUUCCUCUACUUGCAGUGAUGGCUGCCAGUAUGUCUAUACAUACGGUGACUAUUCCAUGACACAAGGUAUUUUAGCCUCCGAGACUUUCGCGUUUGGAGACUCUGGCCAUCAAGUUUCUGUUCAUAGCAUCGGGUUUGGCUGCGGAGAAGACAACGAAGGAGAUGGGUUCGAGCAGGCUUCAGGCCUGGUUGGGCUGGGUCGUGGGCCCUUGUCCUUGGUUUCCCAGUUAAAGCAGCCUAAGUUCUCAUAUUGUUUAACUUCCAUGGAUGAUGACGCCAAAACCAGUACUCUAUUUCUGGGGCCGUUGGCAAGUGUGAAUGCAACACAAAAAGCGCUGACAGUGCCUUUGCUUACGAACCCAUCGCAACCAUCUUUUUAUUACCUUCCUCUUGAAGGAAUCACUGUGGGAGACACUCGAUUGUCCAUCGAGAAAUCAACUUUUAAGGUGGGAGAUGAUGGAAGUGGAGGGGUAAUCAUAGACUCUGGCACUACCAUCACUUACAUUGAAGACAGUGCUUUUAAUGCACUCAAGAAAGAGUUUACUUCUCAGAUGAGUCUUUCAGUGGACAAAUCAGGGUCCUCUGGGCUAGACCUUUGUUUCGCCUUACCAUCUGGCACAAACCAAGUGGAAGUUCCAAAGCUAAUAUUCCAUUUCAGGGGUGCAGAUUUGGAGCUGCCUUCUGAGAAUUAUAUGAUUGCUGAUUCGGAUGUGGGUUUGGCGUGUUUAGCCAUGGGAGCUUCCAGUGGGAUGUCCAUAUUUGGUAACGUUCAGCAGCAGAACAUACUGGUGAAUCAUGAUCUUGAGAAGAAAACCGUUUCGUUUGUCCCCACACAGUGUGAUCAGUUGUGAGACAUGCGGGUGUUUUCAUUGAGGCGUUCAUGCUUUCUCUCACGUCUAGCAGACAUUGUUAUUUCAUAGGGUUAUCAACUUUUUUUUCUGCUUUUUUCCUAAAUUGUUGUUGAUAAUUGAUUGCACGAGGCAUGAUUCAUCUGUUACUUGAAAGACAAGGAUGCUCUGUUUUUAGAUAUGUUAAUGAUUGAACCCAUGUACCAUGCCUUUUAACUGUUACUGUGUUGCAAGUUGGAAAACGGUUGCUCAACGUC